CACCAAAGCUACGGUAGUGAUGACAGAGAGGAUGGCGGGGGCGGGGGCAGACCUGGUUCUCGUGGUAACGCCAUGCUUCUACAAGGGCAUGAUGGACAGCAGGGCGCUGGUUCACCACUUCACACAGGUGGCAGACAAUAGUCCAGUACCAGUAGUUCUGUACAGUGUCCCGGCUAACACAGGUCUUGACCUCCCUGUUGAUGCUGUGGUGAGACUGGCCCAACACCCUAACAUACUGGGACUCAAGGACAGCGGAGGAGACAUUACCAGGAUCGCUCUGAUCGUUCACAAAACGAAGCUGCAGGAUUUUCAGGUUCUGGCGGGUUCCGCUGGGUUCCUUAUGGCGGCGUAUUCCGUGGGUAAGAACUUAGAACCUGACACACACCCUAUAGCUUAGAAUCUAGAACCUACGACAUAGAAUGUAGAAUUUAAGAACCACAAACGUAGAACCUAGAACUUGGAACUGACAUUGACCAUCUCAAUUCCCUCUCUGGUAAUCACUUAGCGUUACAUCACAGGGUGUAGGGUACUAAACAUCACUUCUAUCCUACGCUAGCUAGAACCAACCCACUUUGUUCUGCAGACAGGUAUGACUAUAUGAAAACCUUAGGGGAUAGAGAUAAUAGAGUAUGUAGAGUA